CCCCCAAGAACGAAGUGGUUAAAGAGCGAGAUGCCUCUCAAGCCAAAAAGGGUGACUCCAUCUGUUUACACCCAAGAAAUGUUGCAGUCUACAGAGGAACGCCUGGCUAACACCAACGAGAUGCACCAGCCCCGCAUCCUGGAACUGCUUGACAUGAGCAAGACUACGCAUCACAAAUUGUCCUUGGUGGAUAUUGAUCAUCCACUGUUCCAGCCCUACCCGUCUGAGCUAGUCUUCCAGAACUUCACUCCUGCACAGACCUACACGUUACCUCUACUUCUCUGCAACAAUGACAAGGUUUCACGACAAGUGAAGUUGGAGCUGGAGGACUCAGAGUAUUUCCAUGUGGUCGGUCCAGAGGAUGCAGGUUGCAAGGUUGCACCAGGACUGUCUGCUACUUUCACUGUCAUCUUCACCCCGCAGGAGAACAAGGACUACCACCACAGACUGGUUUGUGUGACAGAGAGGGAGCGGUUCGAGGUCCCAAUCCGUGCUGUUGGGCCACGUGCCAUUCUUGAUUUUCGUGAUGAGCUCCAUUUACCUGUCUGUCCUGUGAAAGCCUCCACAGAGAGGACCCACCUAGUCCGCAACAUAGGAAGCAGCAAGGCCAAGUUCAAUCUAGACACACAGAGCCCUUUCUCAGUGGCGCCCUCCUGUGGGACUCUUGAUGUAGGCGAGUGCAUGCAGGUGACUGUGGAAUUCAAACCCAUGACUGUAGGAGACCACAGCCAGGACCUGCUUUUGCGCUACCACACCGGUGAAGACGUGUACAUCAGCUUGUAUGGGACUUGUGAGGAACUGGACAUCCAUCUUGAGCCUGACUGUGUUCUGCUGAACAAGACUUACAUUUCCCUGGAAAGCGUACGCACAGUGUCCCUCACCUACAAGAGUGACAUCCCUCUGAAGUACUGUUGGACGACGUGGCCCAGCCUGCAAGAAGAGGCCCUGAGCUUAUUGAGGGAGAGCUCAAUGCUCCAUCAGGAGGAGGAGGAGGGGGAGAGGGAACAGUUGCUUGUUCAGUGUGAGUCUGACCCCACAGUGGUCCAUCGCCUCCCACUGCUGUCCAGAGCUCUGCAGGAACGCAGAAGCCAGGCUGCAGGGAACCAACUCCUGGCUCUCUCACACAGCUGCAUAACUGUGGAACCAGCGGAGGGUGAAAUAUGGCCUAACACCCCAGCACAGUUCAACAUUGUCUUCAAGCCAGAGGAGGCCAAACUGUACCAAGACACGAUAUAUUGUGAUGUCACAGGCCGUGAAUCUCGGUUGCCCCUCACAGUGAAGGGUGAGGGCCUGGGACCUAAUCUCCAGCUCAGCUAUGACCUGAUGGACAUGAAAAAUGUGUUCAUUGGUGACAGAGACUGUUAUGAACUACAGGUGUACAACAGAGGACUGAUUGAUGCCCCUUUCAGGCUGUCAAGCCCUGACACCACUUUCGGCCGCUGUUUCUCCUUCAGUCCUGAGGAAGGUGUUGUUCCCUCUGGGGCCUGCCAGAUUGUGGAAGUCACCUUCCACAGUCGCAUCUUGGGAACUUUCUCUGAGGACUUGCUGCUAGCUGUCACUGGACAGCCUCAACCACUUACCGUGACCUUUAGGGGGUGUGUCAUUGGUCCCACAUUCCACUUCAAUGUUUCAGAGCUCAAUUUUGGAGAUGUAGCCUUCGGUUUCCCACUAACAAUGAUUUGUACCCUCUUCAAUACCUCUUUGGUGCCUAUGACCUUUGCCCUGCGUGUCCUGGGAGAUGGGCUGGGGUCUCCUAGUGUUACUAGUGCCCAACAGGCAUCGGAGAUGUCCAGGAAUAAUUGGGAAGGCAGUGUUGCUAGAGACUUUCAUGCUCGGCCUGUGGAGUUCACUGUCACACCCACUGCAAGCUCUGUGCGUGCCUUGUCAGAUGUCACCAUUAAGGUGACGCUGUGCUCCAACACAGUCAAGAGAUACAGGCUGGCGCUGGUGGUGGAUGUUGAGGGUGUUGGGAAGGAGAUCAGGACUCUGCCUAUCAAUGCCAGGUGUGUUGUUCCUGAUAUUGUGGUGGAGACUCCUGUGUUGGACUUUCAGAGGUGUUUCCUCAAUCACCCGUAUGAACAGAAAGUGCGGCUGACCAACAUCAGCACUCUGCCUGCCUGCUAUGGCAUGCUUGACCAGAAAAACGAGGAGAGUCCUUCACUACUUUUUGGCAGUCCCACACCCAGAGGAGUGAUUCUUCCUCACAGUUCAGAGGAGCUUCCUGUGGUUCUGCUGGCUAAGGGUGUUGGAAGGCAGCAGCACACUCUAUGCAUUGCUGUGUUUGGCAGCGUACAGCCACCCCUGGAGGUGGGCUUGUCAUGUAUUGGGCAGGGACCAGUGGUUCAUGUUCAGAGCCCUCAGCUGGACUUUGGCACAAUCCCGGUUCUGACGGACAUAACUAGGUCCCUGCAGCUGUCAAACCAGUCACCUAUUCCAGCCUACUUUACUGCGCGCAUGAGCCAUGGAAGGUCCUUUGGGCGAGUUGAGCCCAGUGAGGGGGAGGUGCCACCUGAGAGCCAGCUUGAGCUAAGAGUUGUGGCACAUCUGAAGGACACGCUUCACUUCCAGGCCAGGCUGGAUAUAUCCAUUCUGGAUGGUCAAAUGCACUCUGUCCCUCUGUCAGCCACAGGCACUGGCACCAUGAUUGUCAGCGACAGGCCUUUUGCUCCCAGCCUUGAUCUAGGCACAUAUUUCAGCCAUGGGUCAUGCCAGUACCACUUCAAGCUGACCAACCAUGGCCAGCAAAUGCAACGGAUAUACUGGCGGACUGAUGGCAUCCUGCCCUCUACAAAAAUUCGAAAGAGGGGAAACUUAUCUGGCUGGACCGUCCUGCCCCCCAUCUCUGCUCCUGGAAAGCGGGACAUUCUGGGCCAUGGAUCUUUGCUCCCCUCUAGCAGAGAGAAGCCGGUGUUUAGUCUCAAACCAUCUCGUGUUGAGCUUUCCCCAGGCUGCUCUGUUGACAUGGUGCUGACGGGAUCUUCAGAUUCUCCCAAGGUUGUACGGGAGCGGCUGGUGUGCCAUGGCAUUGUGGGUCGCCAGGGUUGUAGUGAGCUUAUCAUGUCUGUAGAUGUUACAUGUCGCUUUGUGGCUCCUAUGCUCAGCAUUUCCUCCAAGCACCUGAAAUUCUACAUAGAAAAGGUCCCAGGACAGUGUCUAAUGCCCCUGUAUGAGAAGCUGAUCUUGGAAAACGUGUCAUCUCUGUCUCUGUCGGUGGAGCUCUCUCUUGUAGAGCCAUUCUCUCUGUGUGAGGCCCAGGGAGCCCAUAGCUCAGCCACAACAAAGUCCAUGGUUUUAGGUGACGGGAGGAAGGCUGAGUUGUGGGUAUGCUUUAAUCCAUCUUACUGCCAGGAUCGGGUGUCACGAGUCCUGGAUGAGCUCCUUAAGGUACACUACCAGGGACACCCACAGCAAGACAUGGUGGAGCUGCACGCUGAGGUCCACUUCCCCAACCUCCACUUUUCCUCCACCACAGUGGACUUUGGUUGUGUGCUGAACUGCACAGGGACUCGAAAAGAAAUCUCUAUCACCAACUGCUCCCCUCUGCCUGUGUCCUACCACUGGGCUUUCCUGGACGACCAGAAACAUUUUACCAUGAGAGAGACAGAGAUGCUGGAGGCAAAGAAGGAGCGGAGAAGUCCAGACAGUGAGAUUGAAGAAGGAUGGAGUUCCUCUAGAACACUGUCUCCUGCCUUUUCAGUCCAUCUCAGCCCCAGGCCAGGUGCGGAUGAACAAAGCAGCACGCAGCACCCUGUGUUUGAUAUCUUGCCCAUAUACGGUCAUCUGCAACCAGGGGAGCAGCAGCAGGUCAUUUUCUCUUUCUACGGCCACGAAAAUGUCAGCAGAGAGGUGUUCGCACAGUGCCACGUAGAGGAGGGGCCUACGUAUGAAAUCAAACUCAGAGGAGAAGCAUCAGUAAUCAGCUACAGCCUUGACUCUUCCCAUAUUGACUUUGGUCUGCAGCUGUUUGAUCAUGCAGGGGAAGCUGAAGUGACCCUGAGGAAUACUGGCAAGGUGGGCUUCAAAUUUAGCAUCAUACAACCUCAAAGUGAGGAUGAGGAGGAGGCAGGUGAAGAGACAGGAGGACAGAGGAAAGCCAUCGAAGGAGAGCAAAAUGAGAAAGAACAGGAGCUCAGACCAGGCCAGCCCAUGGUCAUCCCCAACAUAGGUUACAUUGAUGCAGGUGUGGAGCAGUGUCUGCGUGUGCUCUACCUCCCGGGCAUCCCUGAUGUGUUUGAGAAGCGCCUUCAGCUGCAGGUGGCAUUCCUGCCACUGCAGGACAUCACGCUGACUGGAGAGGGAGUUUUCCCAAGGAUAAGCCUGAACUUGCCAAGAAACCUGUCAGAGGAGUGCUAUAGUGACGUGGUGCAGCAGGCCAGAACAGCUGUGGAGGGAGAUAGAGUCAGAGAGGAGCUGAUGGAUGGAAUUGCCACUGGAGGUGAAGGAGCAACAACCGAGGCCAGCAGCAUCCUCACAUAUGAAGAGCUGCUUCACAUGGAGAUUGAGAGAACGUUGGUCAAACAGAAUGCUCUUGCUGUGACCGGCAGCCUGUUGGAGCUUAGAGACUCGCAAGGUUCCUCCAGAAAGUGGCACAGACUUAGCCAGUUCCCACUCCCAGAGUAUGUUUUGGAUUUUGGUUAUGUAGUUCCAGGCAAAGUCCUCAGUCACACUGUAAAUGUGACCAAUACUGGGUCAGUGGCUGUGUCCUUCCAUGCCAAUGGCAAACCUCUAGCUGGCACAGGAUUCAGUGUAGAAUUUGAAAGGGUGAAAAACCUGCCCUGUGGUGAGACACAGACUUUCACAGUUAAAUUUGUCCCCCAUGGAGCCAACCUGAAGAUGGGGGACACAAGUGUUGUCAUGCCAAUACAGGUCACAGGAGGACCAAUGGUCCAGGUACGGCUUUGUGCAGUGGUAACUGUGCCGGCCAUCACUGUGUCCACAGACACACUGCAGUUUGACACUGUGCAGUGUCACAUGUGUCAGAUGAAGACAAUACAACUGUUUAACCAUGAGUCUGUGCCCUGCUACUGGAGGAUAGCUGAGAAGAUGAAGCCUUUCAAAAAGGUAGACAAGUUCCUGCCUCUCCAUCAGCGUAAAAAGGUCUUGCAGAAGCAGCGACCACCAGUGGUAUUUAAGGCGAUUCCCUGCUCUGGCAUGCUGUCACCCGGAGAACGAGUCAAUGUCCAGAUAAAGUUCAGCCCUUCUGAGGGGAAUGCUUACAACAGACAGCUAGAGGUCUGUGUGGCUGAGAGCACCCAGCAGGUCUUUAUUACAGCCCAGGGGCAGGGUGAGGAGCCUCAACUCGAGUUCUGCCCGUUAAUGCUGGAUCUGGGGCCUUGCCUGCCUGCCAGCACUGAGGUUGAAGCUGAGGUCACCAUCAAAAACCCCUGCUCUUUCCCCAUUGAGUUCUACUCCCUGGAAUUUGACACACAGUAUCUUGAGGAAGAAAAGAUCCUGCGUUUGAUGCAGGGUUAUGAUGAGAACAACAUAUUACUGCUGCCUCCCAGAGUCCCUGGAGAAAGCCUUCCCACAGAACUGCUUGAGUUCUACAGGGAGAAUUGCUCCCAACUGAAAGAUGAUGCAGAGCUGGAGGAAGACUUGGAAGAAAAUGAAGCUGAGAUGGGUGACACCCAUGAGGAAGAAAAGAGGCAAAAUGGUGCCCACCCACCAGACAAAGUGGAAGAAAUACACACUAUAACUGUGAAACCAGCUGAAUUAGUCGUUUCAGAGAUGACCAAUGAGGGAAGCAGUGGGAGAGUGGGGCAGCUAGAGAUGACUCCUGUCUCCAGAGCAAUUGCCCGCCACAUGGGCGUGGAUCUUUCACCUGAAGGUCUAGCUGCACGGAACCGCAGAGGCAUUGCUAUUAUUGUAUAUGGAGCCCCACUGACAGAUAAGACCAGCACAGUGGCUGAUCUGGCGCAUCACUACGGAGGGGCAUGCCUGAGUGUUGAUGCUGUGGUUACAGAGGUGCUGAUAAAUGGUACUUCACCUGUUAGCCUGACCGCAAGACAACUCUAUGACCGUGCUGCUGCGGAGUAUGCUGAGAAGAAGGCUGAGGAACCUGGUCAGACCACAGAAACAGGACCUGCAAAACAUCCUGAAGCCUCAGUUCCAGCUCCGCAUUCAGCUCCAGCUUCACGUGAUACUGUGGAAGUUGUUGCAACACCCAAAAAGGACAGCUGCAGUAGAAACGACUCUGAGGCUCCUCAGGAGACUAAAAACACACACAUUGCCCUUUACCUGGGAGGAGAUGUGACCACACUUAGCAGUCUCUUGCCUGAGCAGCUACUGGUUGAUAUCCUGGCAGAAAGAUUUCAGCUAAGCGACUGUCACCGUGGCAUAGUGAUCGAUGGCUUGGAAUCUCUGUACACUCAGUCAGUGGCAAGCGCACUGCAAAUUAUUCUCAAGGCCCUUAAUAAUCGCAAACACAUCUAUGUAGUCAAUUUCUCCGACUCCUACAUUGCACUCAAGUCACGGGAGAGAGCACAGAGAGAAACUGAGGAGGCUCUGCAGAGAGAGAAAGUUGACUGGGAGGAGAAGUGGCUGCAGCAGCUGGAUGACGAGGAGUAUGACGUUCUGCCCGAGGAGGAGAAAGAGCGUAUUGUUCAGCGACACCGAGAGAAGCGUAGACAGCAGAAACUCAGGGAGCUCGAGCAUAUAGCUAAAGAGCAGGAAGAAAAGAGGCUAGAGGAGGAGAUGAAAAGGUUGAGAGAAGAAGAGCUGAAGAAGAAGACCAAAAAGGCUGGAAAGAAGGAUACUAAGGAAGUGUUGAGGAAGAAGAGCCUGCUGGAGGGAAAGCAGUCAGCAGAUGCAUUGAAUGGACGAAGGUUGUCUUCCCGUAACAACUCUUUAGAGUCACUAGUGGAUGCAAGAGAACACCAUAACUUCAAUGAAGUGCAUCACAGCAAAGAGACUGAUGAUUUACAGAAGCAGACAGAAGAAACCAAAGCAUUACAUGCAGAGUCUCCUCAACCUACAGACAAGCUGGAGAGAAAAAAGAGUAUAGAAACUGCAGACAUGAAGAAGCUAAAAGAAGAAAAAGAGUUGAAGAAAAAGGGUGGAGAUAGAGAUAAUAAAGAAGUAUCAGGGAAGACAGGCCCACCUGGUGGAAAGGAGUCAACACUUGUGCCGGAUGCCCAUCCAACACCUUUCUGUAACAACUCUAAAGAGUCAAUUGUGGAGGCAAGAGAGCAGCAUCAAUUAAAUGAAGGUGCCAGCAGAUCGCAUCAGAACAAAGAGGCUGAUCAUUCACAUAAGAAGACAGAAGAAGCCAAGACAUUACAAGCAGUGUCUCCUCAACCUGCAGACAAGCCGGAGGGAGAAAUGCCCAUCAUGGAUGAGCUGCAGUCUCAGUUCACUUCGUAUGAGCGGAGCCAAGAACAGGUGGAGCACAUCCUGCAGCACUGGGACCGAGCUCAGGGCUUGUUGCUGGUCCCGCUCCCCAGUGAAGAAGCCCCACCACUGAUGUCAGAGGAGGCCACAGCAGAGAAACAGACCCCUGUUGGCAAGAGGAGCAAGAAAGCCAACAUCAAGGUCAUGUCUCCAAUGCCAAGCCAGACAUCAGCACCAAGUGAAGCAGACAAGGUGUCUCCACAGGGCAUCAUCCCUCAUAUUGUGCUGAAUCUGACAGGGAAAGACUAUCCAAGUGCUUCAGAGCUGCUCAAAGGCAGCACCCUCCCUCCUCUUGUCGAGGUGUUGGACGAUUUGGGGUUGGGACCCAGCGGCCCACCCAUCCCUCCUCCUACCAUCUUCUCUAUGGUUCCUUUUCCCAAAAACAGGGAGCAAUCUGACAGCCAGCUCUCCUGUAGCUAUUUCACCUUCCUAGUUCCUGCAGGGCCAGACGACCAGGGUGAGGAGAAAGGUCCAAGGGAAGAUGUGCAGGCAUCAGUUGUAAAGGAAGAGGCAGCAGCAACACGUUCCAAAAGUCGAGGCAAGGGCAGCAUUAAGGACAGUGCAGUAACAAGGGACAAGGAUAAAAAGGGCAGAGAGAGUCAGAGGAGCAAGAGACAAACUUCAGCCAAGAUAAAAGCAAAGGGCUCGGAUCAGUCUCGCUUACCUCACGUCUCCUCUACAUCUGACUGCACUGAAGAAGAUCAACAUCAAGGAAUCUUAGAGCUGAAACGCAGCCAGAGCCUAACAACAUUUCGCUGGGUUGUACCAGCCAACGGUGAGGUGGUCCUGAAGAUCUGGUUUUACUCGGACUCCAUAGGGACGUUUGAACAGACCUUUAACUUUGAGCUACUGGGGACCCAGAGACAAUACCAGCUCCUCUGCAGAGGAAGAAGCGCCUAUCCCUCCAUCUGCAAAGACUACACGACUCUUUUUGCCCUCAGUAAGAGGGUACCCCAAAUGAAAGAAGGGCUCCAGAAGACUUACAUUAUCAAACCUGGAUACUUUGAGUUUGGACCGUUACUCUGUGGCAAGAGCAGAGACAGAUACAAGGAAAACAGGUACCCAGAGAACACGGAGAGACUAGUGAUUCAUAACAAUUCAGGCCUGGAGGCUGAGGUCCAGUUUUGUUUCCAGCAUGAUAGCCAGGCCACUACAUAUCUGCUGGACCCCCCAACCAUGACUCUCAAACCUGCCCAGAAACAGGAGUUGACAGUGUGGGCCUACCCAACAAAACUGGGACAAAUGAAGGACAGUGUUGUGUGCCAUAUCAAGGACAAUCCAGAGCUUGUCAUUAUCAACCUCUCCUGCUGGGGCGUUCGACCAGAGCUAGAGCUGGAAAGCAAGCAUUUGCACUUUGACAGGACUUUGCUGCAAAGGCGGAAUAGCCGUAGUGUGACACUGCAUAAUAAAACAGCUCUGCCGGUAUCCUGGAGACUGCAGGGCGUGGAGGAGUUGGGUGAUGAGUUCAGUGUGCCGCAGGAUCAGGGCAUCAUCUCACCAAACUCUUCUUUCCCCCUGAGCUUGCACUUCAGGGCCAAGAAACCACUCAACAUUAAGAAGACCUUACGUCUGGAGGUAUCCGAUGUGGAGAAGAUUCUAGGCAUCGUACACACAGAAAACAUAGUGGUCACAGCAGAAGCCUACGAUAUAGCUCUUGAAAUUACACCAGAUGGCUGUCUUGAUUUUGGAACCAUGAGAGUCUUUGAGGAGGCCAAAUUCUCUCUCAGGAUGAAAAAUCAAGGAAAAUAUGAGAUAGCAUACAAGUUUACGUUACAGCAGACCGACCCAACCCAGCCAAACCUAGACUCCAUUUUCACAGUUUCCCCCCAGAGUGGUACUCUGAUGCGCCAUGAGAAGCCCACAACAGUGUACAUCCUCUGCAGACCCAGUGGGGAAGCCUCAAUUAAAGAGCAGCCUGUUCUGCAUUGCCAGGUGAUUGAGCCCAAAAUUGGGAACGGAGGAGAGCUGAUAGCCAUCCUACCCAUCAAGGUUUCAGUCAAGUCCGUCUUCUCCAGGUACAAGAUCACACCUGCAUGUGACAUCAACUUUGGUCCACUAGUCUAUGGCUACAAGAAAAGCCAGAGUUUCAUUAUUGAGAACACUGGAGCCUUUGAGACACGUUUCACCAUCUGCCGCAUGAUCACGGAUCCUGCACCACUAGUGAGGCCAGGGGGUCCUGGUAAGAAGAUGCCUCGAGAAAGCCAUUCAGAGCGACCCACUGGUGCCAGCAGCAAAGUGAGACACGAGUCCUCCCAGAGUCAUACACAGAAUCGCCUCACCAUGGGGGUGUUCUCAGUGACUCCCUGCACAGGGAGCUUGCAGCCAGGGUCUCAGCAGGUGGUGAUGGUGGAGUGUGUAGCUGAACAGCUGGGCAGCUGGAACCAGGGUUUGCUCAUUGACAUCCGUGACCGUGACCCCUCAGACCACCCUGACGGCAUACCGUACAGACUGUUGGCUGAAGUCUGCAAGCCAGGCAUAGCGUUAGACAUGGCUUCCAUCUUUGAGGAACAUCAUCUGUGCCACAGCAGCAGUCAGCUCUCCUCUGAGCAAUAUUGCAACGCUGAAGGCAUUUACGUCCAGGAUGAGAACAAGUUCAUUUUCAAUAAGGUCCUGGUUGGGCGAACUGCCCAGGCCCGCUUCAAGCUCACCAACAACAACAAGGUGCCCUGCGCGCUCAACUUAGCCAUCAAAUAUGUCGGCGUUAAGACGCCUGGUAGUGUGGAGGUUUUUGAUCUGUCUGCUACGACACUAAACAUUCCCAGCCAGUCGCACUCAUUCGCUGUGGUCACCUUCGCACCGCUGAUGAUGCAGCUCUACAGUGCUGUGCUUGAGGUCACAGUGGAAGGAGCCAUAAGAUCCAGAAUGACACCCACAUCAAAGAGCAAGGUACUGGAGUUCGAGCUAAUAGGAGAGGGCAAUCUGCCCAGUGUGUGUGUGGUGCGUCCAGCUCUGAGGAACAACAGAGGAAGCCUAAUGCUGCAGUUCGCACGAGUUUUGGUAGGGCGCAGACACAGUCUGCCCCUGGUGCUUCUAAAUGAUGGAAAUGUCCUUGCUCAGAUCCAGAUUGACAUGCUGGAUGAACAUGGAGUGUUCACCCUCAAAGCUGCUCCUGGCAACACUUGUAGCUCCAUCCACUCCACACAGCUUGAGGGCACCACUGACUCAGAGCAUCAGUUAGUGCACAGAGCCAUCCUUAGGCUGGAUGUUAAUGAGCAGGCGGAGUUUGAGGUCAGCUUCUGCUCUGACAAGCCCCAGAGUGUAAAGGCCAAGAUGUCACUGCAGGUGGAGGACAACCAGUGCAGCCAUACCAUAAUACAGGUGGCUGGAGAAGCUUACCAGGAAAUUGUCUCUCUUGACAACAUCAACAAGUCAUCACAAGAAGUAGAUCAGGAGGAUGAUGAUGAGGGAGGUAAUUAUGAGUUGCUGAGUUUUGGUGACUGCCAUGUAGAUCGUCCUUACCAAGAGAGUUUUACCAUGACUAACCACAGCAGCAGCCUGGUGGUGAGGUUUGAAUGGCCUCCUGUCGGACCUCAUGUCAUCUUUUCACCACAGGUGGGACAUCUCCAUGCUGGUUGCUCUAAGGAAGUAAAUGUCACAUUUUGUUCCAAUCAGCCAGUGACUCUGAAAAGCCAGCUAAUGACAUGUAGGGUUAGUCAGGUGGAGUUCCAGCAGCCACUAGAGCAGGUGGCUGACUGGGACGAUCGACAGAGAACAGUGCAGUGGCUGAGUUCCUCCAAACAGUCUUUAGGAGCACCACAGCAGCCUGGGAAGAAUAAGGUGAUAAAGACAGAUCCUGAACCCUGCUGCUCUGUGGUUGAGGGCUCCCAGUGGGAGUUGAAAUUGCACAUCAGUGCAGUUUGUGACUAUGUGAAGUUCAACUGCAACACAGACACCAUCCACUUCAAAGACACCAUGCUCUACCAAACCAGGCUCCACCAAUUGCAGAUAGUGAAUCAGGGUGCUGUCAAACUGGAAUUCUCUGUACAAGUCCUCAUGGAUCCAAGGAACAACACUGCACACCGUGACCAAGGAGAUUGGACCCUUACCUCUCGACCAGGCAGCAGGUCAGCAGGAGUGUUAACUGGAUGCCGUCCUGCCAGUGCUCUGGCCAGCGUGAUGCCUCAUCUGAUGGGGGAUCCUGAGCUUCCACCCUUCAGCAUUGAGCCCAGCAUAGGGGCCAUAGAGCCUGGUGCCAUUCAGAAUUUCAGCAUUCGCUUUUCACCUCUGGAAGUGGCCCAGUUUCAGGGCAGGCUGGUCUGCAGUAUUCCCAACUUGCAGGAUGGGGAUCAGUCUCCCUGUAUUUCAGUGUGCGGCCGCAGCCUUUUACCCCACUGCCACUUUGACCUGGAGGACUCAGACUAUAUCAGCGGGAACCGCCGUAACCCUGAAUUCAGGGGCUCUCUGGACCCUAACACCAGGUUCAUAGAGUUCAACGCUGUUGGCUUCUCUGUGCCAUCAACAAGAUGUUUUAGUGUGCUGAACCCAACCAGUAAACCCUACUCAUUCAAGUGGAGGUGUGAAGACACAGGUGGCAGCCCAUUCUGCUGCCUCACCCCAUGUGGUACCAUCUUGCCUGGAAAGAAAGUGGAAGUGCGUUUUGAAUAUGUAGCUGAACAGCUGGAUCCCGUGGAGUCAUUCUGGAGCUUUGUGAUCGAGACUCUUUCACUGACUGUCCCCUUCCUGUGUGUGGGCACCACUAAAGAACCACUUGUCUAUCUUGACAGACCUCACCUUGACUUUGGAGAACUGCUUGUUGGUCGCAAAGUGGAACAGACUGUUGAUCUGGUGAAUGGAGAGCAGGAGACUUUCAGUUUCGCUGUUGUACAGUCAUCUCUUCUUGGUGAUGACCAGCAGUCCAGCCUCAUUGUGCAGCCCAUGACUGGCACAGUGGCACCCAAAGACAGGUUGCCACUGUCAGUGUCCCUCAUGCCUUGCCGGGACGGCUAUGUGAGCUUCAGAUUGGUCCUGAGGGUGAAGAGGAAGUCACUCACACUCACAGUUAAGGCUGAUUGUUUCUGCUUGAGGGCUUCUGUUCAAGUUGAGAACCCAGACAGAGGCCUCAGAGAGAUCAAGCCUAACCAACAAGACACUCUGGACUUUGGAAAGGUGGGGAUUUCGGAGCGAUCCACCUUUAAUUUCCUGGUGUCCAAUCUGGCAAGAUUCAGCCUGGAAGUGAACUCGGACUUAACAGGUCCCAAUGAGCUGCUGCAACACUUGGAAGUACAACCACAAAAUGCUGCUAUUGAGGUUGGAGAGCAGCUGCAGUCUUCACUCUUCUUUGGUCCACGGAACAUUUGUAAUCUCCAGGAUGUCAGACUGAGUAUCAAGGUAAAGCAUGGGCCAACAUUUACAUUUGCCGUUGAAGGCAGGGCUGUAGCACCUGGCCUUCAAUUCUCCUUCACCAAGUACAACUUUGGCAAGUGCUUCCUGUACACUCCUGGCAUGGUGCCGGCUUCCCAGACUCUAGUGAUCAGAAACAAAGGCGAAAGAGACAUCAGUGUCCACUGCCAGUUCACAAACACCUCUUACCUAGAGAUGGACUUCCAUCCAGGUAUUUUGUCCCCUGGUGCUGUGAUGGAGGCACCAGUCAAGUUCUGUCCUCGCGAGGCAUGCCGUUACCAUGAAAAACUCACCUUCAUCUUAAACGGCUGUGUCACAAAACAUGUGGACAUAUUAGGGCAAGGCGUCAAGAUAAAGCUGGAGGUGGAGGACUCCAGGCAGAGGAAGUUGAAACUGGGAUCUCUGAUGUUGGGUCAGAAGGUGAAAAAACAAGUGGUUCUGGUCAACCGCAGCCCUCUUGACCUUUCCUUUACUCUGCUGCUUAACACAAACACACAACUGGACCCAAGGGAUCUGUCAUUCAGUCCAGCAGGUGAGCUGAACCUGAAAGCCAGUGGUGGCUCAUGUGUUAUUGAGAUCCAGUUCUCACCUCGUCAGCACAUGCCUCCCUUCUCAGCUGAGCUGCAGGCGGAGUUACUAGGCCUGUUACACCCCUUGCUGACCAUCCAAGGCUGCUGCCAGGGUGUGGAGAUCCAGCUUAACCAGGAUCACCUUGCCUUUGGAGCUGUUGUCCAGCGCUGCCAAGCUAGCAAGAGAAUUGUCAUGGUGAACACUGGUGACAUUGGUGCCAGGUUCCAGUGGAAAACAGAGAAUUUUCCUUCAGAGUUGUCCAUCACACCAGCUAAAGGCUAUAUCUGUCCAGGCAUGGAGGUUCCUUUUGAAGUGACUUUUGCCCCUGUGGAACUGAUUGCUGACAUAAGAUAUGAGAACUUGUCUUGCUGUGUGGAGGGCUCCUCCUCAACCAUCACUCUUACUGUAACAGGCUCCUGCAUCGUGGCAUCUACAAGCAAAGAGGUGGUGAAUUUUGUUUGCCCAGUACGUGGCUCUCACACCCAGACCCUGCCCGUGUCCAACCCCACAAACCAGCACUGCAGCAUCAAACCUGUCAUAGAGGGCGAACAAUGGAGUGCUGCGCCGUCUGUGAUCCUUGAACCCCUCCAAAACAAAACAUAUAAGGUCACCUACCGACCGCUGUCCGUGACUGCUGAUGGAAAGAAACACCUGGGAUCAGUCUUUUUCUCCUUUCCUGAUGGGACAGGAAUGCUGUACUCUCUGCAGGGAACUGCUGAACCUCCCAAGGCAGAGGACACCAUUGUGCACAAACUGCCUGCCAAGAGUCAUCACACAGAGGUGCUCCCUGUGUACAACUGGCUCUCCAAGCAACAGCGGUUCUGUGUGCUGAUAGAGAUCCUGAAGCCUGACAAGCCAGAUGCUACAGUGUCCCUCAAGGGUCUCGAAUACAUUGAUGUCCCUGCUUUGGCCAAGAGAGACUACAAGAUGUCUUUCUUUACAUACAGAGAGGGGCAGUUCAACACCAAGGUGACAUUUCGCAAUGAAGUGUCGGGUGAGUACUUGUUCUACCUUGUUAACUUCGAGGCCACACCUCCCGGAGUCCUGUCCACCAUAGGGCUGGUGACAGCUGUCCGUCAGAUGGCCUCGGCCACCAUAGAGGUGGAGAACCCCCUGACCACAGCUACCUGCCUCAGCACUGAGUGUAAAUGCUCUGACAUCAGUGCUCCAUCUCAGCACACAGUGCCAGGAAAGUCCAAGGGUUCUCUGAGAUUUGAGUACCUGCCCCUGCGUACAGGUGAGACUACAGCGCGGCUGACUCUGUGUAGUAGUGAUCUGGGCCACUUCCACUACGAUCUGCUUCUCAGAGCUCUGCCCCCACCACCAGAGAAAACAGUCCACUUCAGCACUUCUCUGGGCAGCAGCCACUCUGUUCAUGUUAAGUUCAUCAAUUACUCCCGCUGCAAAACUGAGUGCAAGACUGAUUGCCCGGACUUCAUGGUGGAUAAGAGUGUGGGUGUUUGUCCGGGUUUCCAGGUGGGAUCAGAGGCCAGCGUGGAGGUUUGUUUUGAACCUCAUCAGCUGGGGGAAGUGAGAGGCCAGCUCAGCCUGUCCUCAGGAACCGCUGACGAAUACAUCUUUCCCUUGCACGGGAUCUGCCGCCCUCCCAAAGCCCAGGGCCCAUUUAGCAUCAUGGCUGGUCACAACAUGCCUAUCCCCUUCAAGAAUGUGUUCCUACAGACCACCUCUUUCUCCUUUCAGGUGGACAACCCCUGUUUUACUGUCAAAGGAGUGGACACCAUCCUCUCCAAGAAGACCAAGAACAUCUUGGUAUCUUUUGAGGCCCCUCCAGGAGGCUCCCCAGGGCCGUGGUUUGGAAAGCUGACAAUCACCAGCCAGCGCUCAGAGGGCCACAGCAAACCUUGUUCCUGGAUCCAUUACCUGAAGGGCUACCGCCCCGAGUCAUCUUAGACAGAGAUAUUUACACAUGCAGGCAAACACAAAAGAACAUGUGUUCAGUUAAAUGUAUUGACAAGUUAUUUAUUCAAUGCCUGAACUCCAAUGUUAAUGUCAAAAGCCAAAAUUGCCUGUGUGUAUUUAUGUGGUUUAAAUAAUUAGUUGUCAUAAAUGUGUUCAUAAAUAUUUUAAUACAGUCAACUGAAUAAAUCCUGC